UGAUCAACUGGCUUCACCUCCCAUUAGCCAUGGUUGCCGACCAGUGGUACGACAAAAAUGGCGUCUGGACCGGUUCCGCCACCGUCCUACAUGACGGUAAGAUCGUCAUGCUUUAUACAGGAUCCACUAUCGAGGGCGUUCAAGUUCAAAACCUAGCUUAUCCGGCCAACCAGUCCGACCCACUCCUCGUUCAUUGGGUCAAGUACCCUCACAACCCUGUUUUGGUCCCUCCACCGGGUAUUGGUCCCGACGAUUUCCGUGAUCCGACCACCGCCUGGUUAACCUCGGAAGGCAAAUGGCGGAUUAGCAUAGGGUCCAAGAUUAAUAAAACCGGCAUAGCUUUGGUGUAUGACACAGAGGACUUCAUAAACUAUGAGAUAUUAGAUGGGUUACUUCAUGCUGUGCCUGGUACUGGAAUGUGGGAAUGUGUCGAUUUCUUCCCCGUUUCGAAAACUGGAAAAAAUGGCUCGGGACAUGGAGUUAAGCACGUGGUGAAAGCGAGCUUGGAUGAUAACAGACAUGAUUACUAUGCCAUUGGAACUUAUAAUGAUAAGAAUGGUACAUGGAUUCCGGACCGACCCGAAAUCGAUGUUGGCGUCGGAUUAAGGUAUGAUUAUGGGAUAUUCUAUGCUGCCAAGAGUUUCUACGAUCCAAACAAGAAGAGAAGAGUGUUGUGGGGUUGGAUCGGCGAAUCCGAUAGCGAAGCUGCCGAUGUUAAAAAAGGAUGGGCAUCGGUUCAGAGUAUUCCGAGGAUGAUUUUGUUCGACGAAAAGACCGGAACUCAUCUGCUCCAAUGGCCGGUGGAAGAAACAGAUAGUUUAAGGCUAAAAUGCAAAGAAUUUAACCAAGUGACAAUCCAGGCAGGAUUGGUUAUUCCCCUAGAUGUUGAUUCAGCAACACAGUUGGACAUCGAAGCCGAGUUCAAGCUCGAUAACGAGGUUCUCGAGAAAGUAAUCGCCUCGUCGGACGCAUCAUUCGAUUGCAAAACAAGUGGUGGAGCUGCUGAACGUGGGGCAUUGGGACCAUUUGGACUAUUGGUGCUUGCGGAUGAGAGCCGCAGCGAGCAAACUCCCGUUUAUUUCUACAUUGCCAAAGGACCCGAAGGCAAUCUCAACACAUUCUUUUGCAGUGAUCAAUCUCGAUCAUCUAAAGCAUCCGAUGUCGACAAGCGCAUUUACGGGAGCUCGGUUCCAGUUCUCGAAGGCGAAAAUUUAUCCCUCCGAAUAUUGGUGGAUCAUUCAAUAAUCGAGAGCUAUGGUCAAGGUGGAAGAACAGUGAUUACAUCUCGGGUUUAUCCGACGGAAGCAAUCUACGGAGCUGCUAAGGUGGUGUUGUUCAACAACGCAACGGGGAUCGAUGUAAACGCUUCGGUUAAGAUUUGGCAGAUGAACUCUGCUUUCAUUCAGCCUUAUCCAUUAAUCCACUCUCUUUAACAAAUCUAUGCAACAUUUCGAGAGGAAGACGAAAACCAACAAUUGCAACUGCAAACAUCGUCGGCCGU